CAUCUGUAUUCUGUUGUUGUGAUGAUUUUGUGCAUUUUAUUUCAAUCUAUAAUUCCACAAAAGCUUCAAGAUUACAGGUCUUUUUUGUAGACUUUUCGGUUAAAAAGGUUGAGUAUUGAAUUCAGCAAACCAUGGCCUCUGUCUUGACGCUAAAAAUCAAGGCGGGGAGUGAGCAAAGCGUCAUAAAAGACUUAACUUCGAGUAGCAGCCUCAGCGACUUGACUGAGAAAGUUUCUUGUUUUUCAGGCAUUGCCGAGUCCCGUCUUAAGUUACUGGCAGGCUUCCCUCCAAAGAUACUGGAGCUCGGAGACAAAAACAAGUCAUUGGUGGACGCGGGCAUCAAGUCUGGAGAUGUGAUCAUGGCUCAGGAAAGGCCAGCCUCGCCUGUAAUGACUGAAGCAGUGGCAGAUCAUAGGGAGGAACAUACACAUCCAGCACCAACUCCACAAUCAUCAGAUUUAAUUAGUUCGUACAGUGCAGCCCAGGCAACUGGAGGAAUGCUCAUGAGACAGGUUGUACCAUCAGACAACUCCUGCCUUUUUACCAGCAUUAACUAUGUUCUGAAUGGGAAAGUUGAGACUGGGACCUCUCACUUCAUGAGGGACAUAAUUGCUGAGAAGGUUCGCAAUGACCCUGAAAACUACAAUGAGGCGUUUUUGGGAAAGACGCCUAGUGAAUAUUGCUCAUGGAUUAAAAAGUCUGAAGCGUGGGGUGGUGCAAUUGAACUGUCCAUCCUGUCCAGCUUUUACGGUUUUGAGAUAGUGGUGGUCAACUCGUUGCACGGAAUCGUCAACAGAUUCGGCGAAGAUCAAAAAUACGGAAUGCGAGCAUUUCUAAUCUAUGAUGGCAUUCAUUACGAUCCACUUUACCUGGAGCCUUUUGAUGGAAGUGCGUUGAAAACUCUGUUCCCUACGACUGAUGAGCAAAUCUUGGAGCAAGCGCUUGAAUUGGCUCAGGAAAGCAGGUCCAGCCGACAGUUCACCGACGUUCAAGAAUUCACCAUCAAAUGCCUGCAAUGUCAAGUUGUGUUGAAAGGUCAAGUGGCUGCUCAACAGCAUGCCAAAGACACAGGACACGUCAGCUUUGGUGAACUCUGAUGUUUCAAUUACAAAGGGAUCAUGUGUUCUUAAUCCUCAUGACUGACAACCAACGCUUCUUAUCGUGUAUUUCUUUUAUUCUGAGAAUUGUGGCUUUUUUGGAUAAAUUUUGGCUUUUUUAUUAAGGUCCAAUACUUGCAGCUUUAAUUGCAUUGUUAAAUAUUAAAUAUCAACUCAUGGAAUGCGCAAGCAUUAUUUUUAGUCAGUGCAAAUCCAGGCAAACAUAUAGUUUGUUAUCAAUGAUAUAUUAAUACUUUGAUUUUAUUCAAGUAACAAAGGAAGUCUCGAGCUUUACAGAAUUCUAAACUGAUAUUUUGAUGUUUAUUUAUGAUUUAAGUGUUAAAUUUUAGUUUUUUUUUUUCACUUUUAUUGAAGCCAAAAGCACUAUAAGCUGUAUAAUCAUGUAAAAUAUAGAAAACUAUACAAGCAAUCUUUGCAAGUUUGUUAAUCAUGAUUCCAAAUCAAUGUACCAUUUUGUGAUUAUUUUGUGUUCUUUGGAUUUGUUUCACUUUCUGAAAGUUGCGGACUAACCGAUUCACGAGAUUUUGGGUUGGCUUUUUUCAAAUAGCAAAUCAAAUUUUCCAGUGAUGCCAUUGUCAGCUGUAUGUAUUCCGAUUGUUGUUUGAUAUUUUUUAUUGGUGCCUCGCUCAUAGGUUCAUGAUAUCUUUUCCAGCUUGCCUCAAACAUGCACCUAAUGGCGUCCUCCAUAAUUUUCACUUCCCCAAAUUUUAUCCUCUGUUUCCCUCGCUGAGUUGUAAUAAGUUUUUCUUGUUCUAAAAAUUUUAUUUGUCAAUUUUUAAUUGAUUUUUUUUUUUAAAUUACCUUUGUUUUCUAUAGUCUGGUUUGCAACUUGAGUUUGCACUUCCUGUAUUGUUGUCUCCAAAGCGUCUAAGCUUUCCGAGCUUGAAGAAUUAAAUUUUUUCAUUUCCUGCCCUAA